CACGCUUUAGCCAGCUGGAUGGGAGGAAAGGGAGCCGAGCAAAGACAAACAUGAACAAGCUGAAGUCCUCACAGAAGGAUAAAAUUCGCCAGUUCAUGAUUUUCACGCAAUCCAACGAAAAGACUGCAUUGGUCUGUCUGUCGCAGCAUGACUGGAAACUAGAGGUGGCCACAGACAAGUUUUUCCAAAAUCCAGAGCUGUAUGUUUCCACUUUAAAAGGGGCUUUAGACAAGAAGAAGCUUGAGCAACUGUACAACAGAUAUAGAGAUCCUCACGACGACAACAAGAUUGGCAUCGAAGGGAUUCAGCAGUUUUGUGACGACCUCAGUUUAGACCCUGCCAGUAUAAGUGUUCUUCUCAUCGCUUGGAAGUUCAGGGCCGCGACACAGUGCGAGUUCUCGAAACAGGAGUUCAUGGACGGCAUGACAGAACAAGGGUGUGACAGUAUCGACAAGCUAAAAGCUCAACUCCCCAAGAUGGAACAAGAGUUAAAAGACCAAGGAAGAUUUAAGGACUUUUACCAGUUUACAUUUAAUUUUGCGAAGAAUCCUGGUCAGAAAGGUUUAGAUUUAGAAAUGGCUAUUGCAUAUUGGAAUUUAGUAUUGGAUGGAAGAUUCAAGUUUCUCGACCUGUGGAAAACAUUUUUAGUUGAGCAUCACAAAAGAUCAAUUCCAAAAGACACAUGGAACCUGCUGCUAGACUUCAGCACAAUGAUCACAGACGACAUGUCCAAUUAUGAUGAGGAAGGAGCAUGGCCGGUACUCAUUGAUGACUUUGUGGAGUUUGCACGACCGCACAUCGGGACCAAAAGUACUGCAGUUUGAGCUCCUCUUAACAACAGCCCACACAAACUAGAGAAAAGAACACGUGGCCCACACUGAGCUGACAACUACGUUGCCUUUUCAAUCCUCAGGACUGAAAUAUUUUACACAGCAGAGACUUUAUAUAUACAUACACGUGUGUGUGUGUGUGUUCGUGUAUGUACAUGCAUAUCACUUUGUUGGUCAACUUGUGGUGGUUUGACGCUGUUAUCUACCAUAUUGGGCUUUUUUUGUGUGUGUGUGCGUGUGUGUGUGUGUGUGUGCGUGCGUGUGCGUGUGCGUGCGUGUGUGUGUGUGUGUGUGUGUGUGUGCGCGCCGAAGCCAAGCAAGACGAGGCACCAUGUCAGUUUUUGGAUGUGUUUGGGCUCUGCUCAAAUGUCAACACACACUCUUGACCUAUAAUGUAAACAUUCUUUAAUAAUGACUUUUAAUUUGACUUCUGAGUGGCAUCCAGAUUUUUGUUUUAUGAUACAUCUCUGUGACUAUUCCGUAUGAACAUUAAUCUUAAUUUUUUUUUUUCCAAGAUCAAUGCUGUUUCUUUGAACGUAAAAUAAAUGUUUCAGUUUUUGAAGCA